GGCGCGGGCGGGGCGGGGCGCGGCGGCGCUGUCGCAGUGCGCGGCCGGAGCGGGGCCGCCGGGGCGGCGCGGCGGGGCGGGGCGGGGCAGCGGGGCAGCGCGGCGGCGGCGGCGGCGGCGGCGGCGGCGCCAUGAAGGGGAAGGAGGAGAAGGAGGGCGGCGCGGCGGGCGCGGGGCCCGGCGGCGCGGCGGGGCCGGGCGCGGGGCCGCGGGGCGGCGCGGCGGGCGCGGGGGGCGGCGGCGGCGGCGGCAGCCCCGAGAAGAGCCACAGCGCGCAGGAGCACAAGGAGCAGGGCAACCGGCUCUUCGUGGGCCGCAAGUACCCCGAGGCCGCCGCCUGCUACGGCCGCGCCAUCAACCGGAACCCCUUGGUGGCCGUGUACUACACCAACCGAGCCCUCUGCUACCUGAAGAUGCAGCAGCACGACAAGGCGCUGGCAGACUGCAAGCGGGCGCUGGAGCUGGACAGCCAGUCCGUGAAAGCUCACUUCUUCCUGGGGCAGUGCCAGAUGGAGAUGGAGAAUUACGACGAGGCCAUUGCAAACCUGCAGAGAGCCUACAACCUCGCCAAGGAGCAGCGGCUGAAUUUUGGGGACGAUAUUCCCAGUGCGCUGCGCAUUGCCAAGAAGAAGCGCUGGAACAGCAUCGAGGAGAAGCGGAUCAACCAGGAGAACGAGCUGCACUCCUACCUGACCAAGCUUAUCAUGGCAGAGAAGGAGAGGGAGCUGGCUGAAUGCCGAAAGACUCAGCAAGAAGAAAAUGCGGAUGACAGUCGGAGCCGAGCUCAGCUGGCCAACAUCGAAGCCAAACACGACAAGUACCUGGCAGACAUGGACGAGCUGUUCUCUCAAGUGGAUGAGAAGAGGAAGAAGCGGGACAUCCCAGACUACCUGUGCGGGAAGAUCAGUUUUGAGCUGAUGAGAGAGCCCUGCAUCACGCCCAGCGGGAUUACGUACGACAGGAAGGACAUAGAGGAACAUCUCCAGCGCGUGGGUCACUUUGAUCCUGUGACGCGGAGUCCUUUGACCCAGGACCAGCUCAUCCCCAACCUUGCGAUGAAGGAGGUGAUAGACGCGUUCAUAUCAGAAAAUGGCUGGGUAGAAGAUUAUUGACAGCCGAGGGGGCGAAGCUGGCCCGCCUGGAUUCCCCCUGCCGCUCCAGCUGCGGCAGCGCCGGCGCGCUCUGCUGCAGACUGCUCUCGCUGGGCUGGCACCAUGCCUUACUCACUUUCUGUCUGUCCCCCUCCGCUCUGGGUGCCCAGAGACCCAUUGGCAGUGCUGGGCUAGGGUACGCUGUCACCUCCCCUUCCCAAGGAACCGCAGCGGGCUGGACAGGCACGAAGGCUCCCUGGCUCCCUUCUCCACCGGUCCCCGAGGCAGGGUGAGCAGGAGCAAGAUGGCCUCGGCUGGGGCCCGGGCCGGGCCAAGGAGGGGAGCAUUCAGCUCGGCAAGAACGCAGUGCUUGGAGGAAGGCCUGGCCGGUGGUUCGGAGAAGGAACGGGGGCUCAUUGCGGUGGCCCAGAAGGUCUAACCAGCAUCUUCAUCGCCCAGAGAGAAGGGACCCUCCUCUGCUCCAGCAGCUGACAAUCUCCAAAGAGCGCUCCCCUGCCCUCGGCGUGAGCCCUGCUCCGGGGAGGCUGCGGCCAGAGCCCGGCUCUGUGACGGGUGAGGAGCUUGCUGGGACGAGCACGUGGCGCUCCCUGUGCUGACCUGGCCUGGUCCCCUCUCGCUGUACAUAGUUUGUUUCCUAUCCAUUCCAUCUCCUGUCUGUCCAGUAGUAUCGUGUCCUACUGUUUCCUGUAAAUAGCCACGGGCCGGGGAUGGGAGGCCAACCUGUACUCCACAGACGCUGACUUGCCUUUGGGCUUUUUCUGGGAAACCACUGCCCCUUGGCUGGCAGAGGGUGUCCUCACACUUGCCCUCGCCUGCCAGCCUGGGGACUGUAGUUGCCCAUGAACAAGCAUCCAGGUUAAAGUUCAUAUCCCUUUUAAUUAAAUCCCUUAAAAAAAAAAAAAAAAAAAAAAAAAAAAAGUCUGACUGAGGCUAAAGCAUUUCGGUUGUUGGAAGUUUCGCUGUAUGGUUGGCCUAUAGCCUGCCUGGCUUUUGAGCACUCUCUGGAAGUUUGCCAACGUCAAUAAAUAAUUCAGCAAUAAAUGUGAAAAAUAGCUUGA